GUUUUAAAGAUGGUUGAUACAGAUGAUUUAAUUUCCAAAGUUUUUCAAAAGAAGGCGAUUUGGGAUAAACGGGAGAAGUUGCACGUGAACAGAGUGUAUGUAGAUAAGUGUUGGAAGGAGAUAGCUACUGAAUUGGAAGCCGAAGCCAGUCAGCUGAGGAGAAAGUGGAAAUAUCUCCGUGAUCAAUAUGCAUCAGAAUUGACUAAAAUAAAACGUCCAAAAUCUGGAGCUGGAGCUGAUGAAGUGGUUAUUUGCAAGUGGCAGUACUUUAAAACUCUUUCUUUCUUGAAAGAUGUGGUGAAGCCUAGAGAAUCGUCUGGCAAUUGUAGUGCUGUAUUAGACGUAAAUCUAAAUGAAGAUACACAUCAACAGUCUAUUACCUCCAAUGACAACAACGGUGAUGAAGUACAUGAUAACGUUGAUAACGUUAAUGACCAGCCAAGCAACGAGACAAAUAAUACAAACGAAGCUAAUAAUGUCCCCGCUUCAACUAAUCCUCCUACCCCAGCUUUGGUAGUAGAAGGCAUACAAGGUACAAGCAAAGUUAACAAAAAUACGGUGGAGCGAGUAAAACGUAAAAGAACAACUGAUGAUUAUACAUCUUCAAUACUGGAAAUAGAGAAAAAAAAGCUUGAAAUUUUGUGUCAAAAGAGGAAUGAUAAAGCAGGAAAAGAGGAUGACGAUGAACAUUUACUCUUCUUCAAAACAUUGUUGCCACACAUCAGGAAGAUUAAACCAGAGCAAAUAUUAUCUUUCCGUUGUAUGGUUCAGAACCUAGUUCAGGACUUCGCAUACCCAAUAAGUUAUGUACAGAUGCAUCAAGCAGAAGCAAUGUCAACGCCGCGCAGUGCAACCCCAUACUCAAACCCUCAGUCUGUUCAAAGCUCAUUGAAGGAAGAUGAUGAGGAACAUCCCCUAAAUACUGAUUUCCUAGGAGUGUUUGCAAAACUGUCAUAAUAUGAUGUACAUUUUGACUUAAAACCUCUUGACUACAAUUAUCUUUUUUUACUUUGACAACAAAACAAAGUUACAAUAAUGGCAUAUGAAAUAACUCAAAAUAAAAAAUUUCGCAGGAGUGUUUACAAACAUAAUAUUAGUUAGAGUAUUAUCUUCUUUCAAACUUUUUUUUCUACAAUUAGGCUUAGAAUGUCCUUUUUUCAUUAUACAAAAUGUAUUGUAAAUCAUAAUGUAUUGUUAUACCUGCAUAACAUCUAAUAAAUAAUUUACA